UGGAGGGGGCGGGUCUUCGGGCGCCAGGCGGCCGAAGGGCUUACUCCGGGCGGUUGAGCUGGGCAAGGCUCCGAGGCGAGUGGGAAAGCACCGAACCGUCUGGGAAGGCAGCUCCGAGGAGAGAGGCAGCUCCGAGGAGAGAGUGCGGCUGAAUGGGCCUCAUCCGAACGGUUAAAAGACCUAAGGAGCAAAAUUGAUGUUACUUAGAGGAAGAAGAAAUACUACCUCAGUACUGCAACAAUAACUUCUGCUUAAGAGUUAGCAGCAUACCACCAUUCUCUACACACUUUGGACUUGCCAACACCCACAAUUCUGUGAGCCACUUCCUUGAAUUCUGGAGGCUGGGAAGUCCAAGAUCAAGGGGCUACAUCUUGCAAGAGCCUUCUUGCUGUGUCAUUCCGUGGCAGAAGGCAUCACAUGGCAGAAAGAUUUCAGUUCCUUAUGUCUUCCCCUGAAAUUGCUUCCCUCUCAUGGGGGCAAAUGAAAGUACAAGGCUCUGCUACAACCUAUAAGGACUGCAAAGUAUGGCCAGGGGGCAGUCGGGCUUGGGAUUGGAGAGAAACCGGAACUGAGCAUUCUCCAGGUGUGCAGCCUGCAGAUGUGAAGGAAGUUGUCGAGAAGGGUGUACAGACCCUUGUGAUUGGCCGAGGGAUGAGUGAGGCCUUGAAGGUGCCUCCCUCAACUGUGGAGUACCUCAAGAAACAAGGCAUUGAUGUGCGGGUCCUCCAGACAGAGCAGGCCGUGAAGGAGUAUAAUGCCUUGGUUGCCCAGGGGGUCAGGGUGGGAGGCGUCUUCCAUUCCACCUGCUGAUGAAGUCUUAAGAGGAUAAUAAAUCAUUAAGCAAUGA